UCUGUUAAAAAGUAUCGGAAUAUGAUGUGAUUCAUAUUAUUUGAAGAAAACUGAUAAUUACUUCAGUAAUCACAGUGUCGUAUUGAUCCAAUGGCGGACUUCUACAAAUUAAAUGAAAUAGUAAUUACCGUGGACCCAUAUGUUCAGGGAAAUCACCUGUUGUACAAGGGUAUGUGAGUGUGUGAGCUUAUUACGAUGAAAUGGAUGACGUGACAAAAUUUGAGAUUGAGUUGGACAAAGACAUAUACUACGCAGGGGAAACACUUACGGGGCACGUCAUAGUGCAAAAUACUGAAAAUAUCAAAGUUCAAGGAAUACGGCUUCUGCUGCGAGGGAAAUCCCACGUGGAGUGGAAGAUCACGAAAGCGGGAGAGAGACGGAGCGUUAAAGAUGACGAGUAUUACAUCGAUGAGAAGAAAGUCAUAUGGGGGAAAGAUAAGAAAGAAAUAGAAGGAGGCGUACCCAUCAUGCCGCGGGGCAACCACAGAUAUAACUUCCAGUUCAAACUUCCGGAGAGCACACUUCCGUGUUCCUUUGAAAGUAAGGUCGGCACUAUUCGAUACUACAUCCGGGCAACUAUGGACAUGCCCGUAUCCUCCUCCCCACAAAGUAAAAAAUACUUCACAAUCAUUGGUCCACAUAUAGACUGCAUGGACGAGCGUUACCUGACGCCCACUCGAGCUAGCGAUAAGCGGUAUUCCUGUUGCUUCUGUUGUUCUCAAGGCCCUGUUUCACUGGAAGCAGUCCUAGAGAGAAGUGCCUACUGCGCAGGCGAGAACAUCAAGCUGCGCGCAGAAAUUCAAAAUGGCAGCGAUCAAGACGUAUGGAUCGUCUGUAAACUUGUGCAGCAUGUUGAGUUUUUCAUCAAUAAAGGAGUACUAGGUUUAUGCAAAGAAGUGUCUCACAAAGUAUGGCAGUACCGAGGGGAAACGGUGCAUGCGCACGCAACCGAAAAGUUUGACGACCUCCAACAACAUCUUCAACUUCCGGUUGUGCCGCCAUCAAUGGUGGACGUUUGUAGUUUAGUACAGAUCUACUACACCCUGAAGGCCUGUCUUGUAAUGGAGGAUUCGGGAGAGGUUCUGGAUCUUCAUUUUCCGCUUACAAUUGCGACAACGCCUUAUAGAAUAUCGAACGCACCUUAUCCUAUCCUCCAGUAUGAUCACUGUGUUCCUAAUGUAGAGGGAGGUAUGUACGUCAGUUCCGAGUUCCAGCUGGGUCAGGUUUACAUGGGGGACGGGGAGGAGGAGACGGACGAAGUCAUCCUGUACCGCCCCCUCUACGUCUGUGUACCUCACGAGCGUGUUCAGGUCAACAACGUGGAUAAAGAGGGCACUGUCAGUCGCGCCCCCUCCCGGAUGUCGAUGACGAGGCUGAGCGACCGACUGAAGUUCAAGGAGCCCCGGGUCACAGCAAUAUCGAUAUCCUCCGAGAAAAUAGACUCUUCAAAAACCGACAGUGAAGAGGCGUCCCCAUCAAUAGUGACAAAGGACGGACUCUCACCUUUAUUUGCCCAAGUUGACCUUGAAUCACAAUUUAAUCAAAAACCACCAAAUGACGUCAUAAAAGGACAACUUGAAGAUCUUUGUGAACAGGAACCGGAAACAGAAGUAUUAGUGAAAAAGUCGGACAUUACAAGUCCAAGUCCCGAGAUUAAGGUUCAAGUGGAUGUGACAGACGGAACUGUGGAAACAUCUCAAGAGAGUUCAUGAUGGACACCAUGACGUCAUUAAUCUUACAAAGUAUCUCUAUGCCAUCAGUUGAAAAGUAUUAUACUUGACAAGACAGAUCUUGCCUAACUUUAUUGCAAGAGAGUUUAUUAUUUUUGCUUCAAAUCAAACGCACAUUUCAACAGAUAAAAUGUAUAUGAUGCACCUUUUCUAUUGAAAUAGUGAACUUUUUACAGUUUUAAAAGUAGACAUAAUUCUUGAGGAGAAAAAUAUCCUUUGUAUUCAUGAUGAAUAUGUGAUUUCGUGUAUAUUUAACUACAUGUAAUUUAAAACAAAAUAACGUGAGCACUAUGUUCAGAGCUACCAGUCACGUGAUGAAGAUAUUGUGCCAUGUAUAGGACUGGUAAUACAAACUGGAAUAUACAUAUCCUUGGUAUACACAGUGCAAAAUGUGCAUGAAAGUAAUACACAUUGAAAUGUAAACAAUCAAAUUAAUAAAUUAUUA